AUGACGGUGACGCCAGCUGAUCGAGGGCCUCAAGUGAGUGCUGUGGCUGGUUUAUUCUUCGCUCUAAGCACCAUUGGGAUUAUUCUACGAUGCUACUGUAGAGCCGUCGUUGUCAGGGCCUUUGGCAUGGACGAUUGGUUCGCUGUUAUUGCCUGGAUAUUCUUCACUUUCUUUUGCGCAUUUGCUAUUACUGGCGUGCACUACGGAACCGGACAACAUGCUGCAGACCUCCCACCUGAAGACAUCCCAGUUGGGUUGAAAUGGUGGUGGGCAUGCGAACCCGUCUACGUCCUGUCCAAUAUGGCUCUCAAGCUCAGCAUCAGCAUUUUCUUACUACGACUCGCCGUCACCCGGGCUUCCCGGAUAAUCAUCUACGUUAUCAUAGGUGUAGUCGAAGCCUACAGCGCCUUUUACUUUUUCCUAUUCGUCCUGCAGUGCCGCCCUUCCUCAUACUUCUGGACGCAGUACACCGGAGGCACGGGGACCUGUGUCAAUCCGAAAAUCACCGUUGAUGCUACCUACGCCUAUUCCGCCAUCUCUUGUGUCGCAGAUUGGGGAUUGGGUCUCAUGCCCAUCUUCCUGAUCUGGCACAUUCAAAUGGACAUGCGCACCAAGAUGUCUGUUGCUGCUAUUCUCUCCGUCGGCGCUAUCGCCUCGACCGCAACAAUCGUCCGCAUCCCCUUCGUCAAGGACCUCGCCAACGUCCAAGACUUCCUCUACGCCACCACGGAUGUCGCCAUCUGGUCCACCGUUGAAACCGGCAUCGGCAUCGCCGCCUCUGCUGCCGCGACCCUACGCCCGCUCUUCAAGGCCUACUUCGGCAGCAGCCACCUAGCCGGUAACACGUCAUCGAACAACUGGCCGCGCUCGGGCAACUCAGGGUAUGUCCAGAAUAAGGCGUCGGGAGGGGAGGAGUUUGGGAUGCGGAAUAAUGCGGGUAGGGCGCCGGGUACGGGAGUGACGACGCUGAUUGAGGCGGAUGCAGAUGAGAGGGGCGAGGCGGGGAGGGUGAAGUUUGAGGGGGGUGGGUGGGAUAGUCAGAGUAAGUUGAGGGGAGGGAGUGAUGAUGAGGCGGAGUGGAGGUCGGGGAUUAUGAAGACGACUGGGACGACGCGGACGGAGCUUUAAAUGGGGUUUGUUUGGGCACCACUGUAUUACCUCUUAAUCGGAGUGUUGAUUUCGGGGUGUUUUAGGGGAUGGUGGGAAUUGGGACGAUACACAAGCAUCGAAUGAUGUGCGGAGGAUUUUUUGAUUUUGGGAUAUACCUUUGUUGCGGGCUAGAUCGAAUGAAUGCAAAUAGGAGUUAAGGAUAUAAAUUCAAAUAUAUAUAUGAAUAUAAGAACAACACCCCGUUUCG